AUGAGUGCAAAGGAACAUGCAGUUAUCCAUUCCCCCCUGAGUUAUUCCAUAGCAGGCACAGUUGGAGGCUUGAUAUCAGUAAUUGUGGGACACCCACUAGACACUAUCAAAGUUCGUCUCCAGGCAAUGGAAAUUCUUGCCCAGAAGAGGAAAUUUAGUGGAACAUUGGAUUGUAUUAUGCAGACUGUGAGAAAAGAAGGGGCAGUGGCUUUGUUUAAGGGUCUAACCCCACACAUGGUUAUGUCUGUGCCAAGCUGGAGUUUGCUGUUUUGGGGCUACGGUAUGGGAUUGAAACUCCAAAGUAAAGAUCAAAACUUUGAUAAAUUGGGCUCAUUUGAAUUUUUCAGUGCUGGCUUGUUUUCAGGUUCAUGUGUAGCUGCAGUAUUUGUACCUUUUUUUCAUGUCAAAUGUAAGCUUCAAGUCCAGCAAAUUUCUAGUGAAAGCAUGAAAUACCGGGGUCCAUUCUCUUUAGCUUUUCAUAUUUUAAAAACGAAAGGUGUUCAAGGGUUGUAUAAAGGUCUCUCCGCUAAUCUCUUAACUGCACCAGCAUCAGGGUUCUAUUUUGUGUCUUACGAACACUUGGUAAGAACACUUAUUCCCCCAGACACCUCACGUGAUGACGUAGGGUCCCUUCCUGUGCUCUUGGCUGGGGGCAUUGCUGGCACAAUAUGGUGGUUAGUGGCCCUUCCUGGUGAUGUUUUAGCCAGCCGUAUUUGGACUGCACCUGAGGGGAAGUACCCACGGGGAGUCCGAGAUGCCUUGCGGGAGUUACUUCGCAAUGAGGGUGCCUCUGCUUUGUACAAAGGGAUUGUUCCUGUGCUACUGAGGGCUGCACCUGAGAGUGCUGCUUUAUUCUGGGGAUACGAGUUGACUUUGAAAGCCAUCAAUUGGAUGUCAAGAGUUUUCAAUCCAUCCUCAGAGUGA